AUGUCCCUGCCACCAGGAGAUCUCUCCCUCAGCCUCCACACCCGCCCAGGGGGCUCCAGUGAGGGGUACUCCCACCCCGACCCCAGUCAAGGGCUGGCGGACAGGGCGCAGGCGGAGGUGCGGGGGUUGUGGGGUCGUGGGGGCGACACCCACCCCGCAGCGCGGAGGCUCGGCCUCCUGCCCCAUGCGCACCGCCGCGAUUGGUGGAAAGUUCCUGGGCCCGGCCCCCACGGGCUGCCCCGCAGAGGAGAGGUGCGGCGGGCGCAGGGGUGCGUGGGGCGCCAGGGGACCACGGGACCCCUCGCGCUGCUGUGCGCGCUCUGCUCCGGCCUCCUGCCCCCGCCGCCCGCCCGGCUGCUCCGAGCAUCGCUGCAGCUGGAGCGGCAGGUCCGAGCAACCGGGCGGGUGCGGGCGCAGGGGCCCUUGGCCAGCGCGCAGGUGUUCGCGGAGCGGGCAGCUGGGGCUGAGCUGCUGCUAGCCGAGGUGGGGCCCCGUGAGCGCCCGGCCCUCUUCCUGCAGGCCACCCCGCACCCUGACAUCAGCCGCCGGGUGGCCUCCUUCUGCUUCAAAAUGCGCGGGGACAGGCAUCCAGAGCUGCGGCCACAGGCCCCGGGGCUGGGGGUGCCAGGUGCCCGCAGGCCCUGCAGCCACACUGAGCUCCUGCCGGCUGCGUGCACCAGCGACUUGGUGUCUCAUGGAACUAUCCAUGGGGCUGCCCACGACAAGGAGCUGCAGGAGUCUGUUCUCACAGAGGCCACUGCCCAUGUCCUCCAGCAGAUGCUGCCGCUCUUCUGGCUGGGGAGUCGGGGACCGGGCCUCCAUCCACACCCCACUGCACCGCGGCGUCUGGGGGGCCCUGGCACCUUCCUCUUCAUGGGCUGGAGCCACUCUGGGGAGGCCUGGCUGGGCUGUGCACCUCACUUCCAGGAGUUCAGCCGAGCCUACGCAGCUGCCCACACCAGCCGCCUCCACCUCUGCGAGGUGGCCCUGGACUGAGGGACCUGGGAGCCGGGCACGGGGGCUGGGGGGCUUCCACCGGGCCACCGCCUCUGAGCUGGUGGCGGUAACGGUAACGGAUAAGAGCGCUGCCUCCCUUAGCCGGUGGAGACGAGCGUCCCGUGCCACGCUGGUGCUCCUUCGGCCGAGUCGCUCUGCCCUGGGGACCGUGCAUUUCUGCCUCACACACAGGCUGGGGCAGCGGUGUCUCGUCCAGGCCACCCGGCCAGUGAGGGGGACAGCGGCCCAGGCCCUCGGGGAGGAGCUGCUGUGCGGGUUGGCGGGGAGCAGGGACUCUACCCCCCUGUGCGCCUCAGCCCCGCGGCUCCUUCCUUGCACGGCAG